AUGACACAUACACUGCUAGGUAUAAGAUUACGAAUAGCAGCUGAGCUCAAUGGGCCUCGGGCAAAUCACAUCGCGUUGUGGCCAACACACGCAACAACGACGGGUGCCCCUCGACGCAAAUCCUCACUUGUGCACCCCGAAUCCGAUAUUCGUCGGAUUGACCUCAAAGCACAAACCACGGAAGAUGGUUUUACGGAGGGAGACUUGAAAGCACCAGACCGUUCUGUUCCCAUCCGCGAUGUCUCCGAAAAUGAGGAAAUUGCGUCUGCAGCACUCGAUACAAGACCCUAUUCGCCCGAUCUUGAUAUCAAGGAUUGGUCGUCGAAACUUUUCCGACCACCAGACUCCUACUGGAAGAAGUGGGUACCGCUAUUGGGCGAGAACAAUCUGGGCGGUUCUGACACGGUGCUGAAGUCUGUGAAUCGUUAUUGGCGUGGGAAGUUUGAGACUCGAUACAUUAGGAGAAAACAUGGACCUUCACAUGCUGAGAGAGACUUUUAUUGUUGUUCUAAUCGAUAUCCUAUAACACCCUUGUUGGGUACUCGCAUAGUAUACGCCUUUGGCCAUACUAAAGAAGAGGCGUUCGAAAACGUUGGUCCCGCGAUCGUGUCUGAGCUGUACAAAGCCGGUGCUCUUGAUAAGCUCUACGAGAACGUUAUAGUAUCGAGGAAGAUCAUUGAUAUAUAUGAGCAGGCUGCUCGAUAUGGCUUGUAUCCGCGCUUCAGUGCCGUAGCGCGUGCCAAGAGUGUCCAUCGCUUCCGGAUCACAAUGGAAGUACCUGAGUGGAAUGUUCGAGCUAUGGCUAUCGGACGCACAUACAUCGAAGCUCUCGAAGCCGUAAUCGAAUCGUACGAUGACCAGGUCAAUGAACGUGGUGUCAAAAGACCACUCACACCAGAAGCCACAAAAGACCGACUACAAGGUCUGAAUGUUGUCACGUCAUCUCGAACACUUCAAUUCCUGCUCCAAAAAUUGCACCUGAGCUCGAUCAGGACUGAGGUUGCAAAUCAACCCUUGCUAGAAGGACGAUAUGUCUGCAAGAUCUGGGCCAAAGGAGAACUUAUCAGUGCCGGCGUACCGAUGGGACAAGUAUCAGUGGCCAAGAAAAUCUCACGUCUCACGGGCGCGGUUCGACUCUUACAGCGCUUUGGGUUUGACGCAGUCGAAGGACUCGAAGAAGGCCUUGAGGCAGACAAUGCUGAAGACAUAACACAGAAGAGUAUCGACCGAGGCGAGCAUGAGAUGCUUACCACAGACGAACAAGCGAUGGCGGAUCUGUUCGAUAGCUUUGACAGUCUCUUGGAUGACACUGCAGUCGGAGAGACGAAUCAUAGUAAGGAUGAAGAGUUGAGAUGA